AUGUCGACAGACGCUGCUAACGCCCGCCCUCCGCGAAAGAGGGCCAAGCAUACGCGUUCUAAAUUGGGAUGUGGAGUUUGCCGUAUCCGUCGCGUUAGGUGUGAUCGUACUAGGCCGGCUUGUGAGCGCUGUACGAAGACUGGUCGGAAGUGCGACGGAUACACCGUUAAGGAAUCGACAAACGAAGCACCUCUGGCUCUGAGAGAGGCAUCAACGUCGCCGCCACUGUCUGCAUCAACUGGCUCCCUUGUUCUAUCUGCAGGCCCCCUUCUAUCGGAGCAGGGGUGUCGAGCCCUGGACUACUUUCGGAAUAAGACCGCCCCGGAACUUUGUGGAUUCUUUGAGAGCGAUCUAUGGAGUACCUUGAUUCUCCAAAUCAGCCGCCGUGAGCCGUGCGUCCGGCAAAUGGUCGUCGCUCUCAGUUCUCUCCACGAAAGCUUUCACACUGCUCACACCGAGUCAAGUUAUCCUUCAUCUACGUUGACGCUAAGGCAAAGGGCAAUCGGCGAAUAUGGUACCGGCAUCGGUCUUCUCAACAAACAUAUAACAACUCAGGGCUGGGCUAACCUGGAAAUCACCUUGCUCUGUUCUAUCCUUUGUGUCACGUUUGAGUGGUUGAGAGGUGACUAUUCUGCUGCUCAAACGCAUUUGAGAAGCAGCUUGCUCGUCAUGUCACAAUGGGCAGAAGGCAAACGACCUCUCGUUAAUGGGACAUCGGUAUCAUCUCCAGGCGGAUACAUGAUUCGAACCCAACUCGGACCACUGUGGACAAGCUUGGUUCUUCAGGCCCGGACCAUGAUACAAGAUUUGCCGUGUCACAUGCCGUUACCAGAAGAGGAAACCUCAGAGCCCUUUACAAGUCUCCAACAAGCCAGAAAGGCUCUUGAUAUUCUCCUGGCAUACGUCGUUCCGGAUUCAGUGUCCCGCAAGCUGGAACGUUCACUACGCUACUCUAAGUCCUUGAAUCUCGAGCGUCGUCUGGCAGAGUGGUUGCAAAACUUUGAUGCUUUUCUCUUGACUCAAGAUGUGGAGGAGCAAGAGAGUCCAAGGGUCACGAUCAUGAAGCUCUGGCAUCACACUGCGCACAUGAUAUUUAUUGCCAGCUUCUCUGAUGACGAGAUUUACUUUGACUCGUUUGUGGAGGACUUUACAAACAUCGUGAACAAGGCGGGGGAACUUCUAUCGUCAACGGCAACAACGCAGUUCUCUGUCGAUAUUGGAACUGUUCCGCUCUUGUACUACGUGGCACUCAAAUGUCGACAUCCACUCGUCCGUCGCCGCGCAGUCUCGAUAUUGACAGCGGCUCCAAGACGAGAGGCUGUUUGGGAUAGUAUAGGUGCUGCUCUUGUGGUUGAGGAGGUGAUUCGUGUGGAGGAGGAGGGGCUGGGGCAAGUUUAUACUCAGUUUGACAUUCCAAGUUCGUCUCGGGUGUGCAACAUGGAUAUUGUCACUGAUGUAGAACAUCGGAGAAUCUGGAUGAAGACUCUGAAGCAAGGUUCAUGUCAUUGGAGUGAGGAGAAGGCUUUGACAUGGUAA